AUGUCUUCACACUUUUCGUCUCCCGAUUCCAGCGAGCCUGAGGAAUCCUUCGAGGUUGACCUAAGGAAAGAUGUGGAUAAGAACCUGCCAGCGAUCAAGCUUGUUACGCUGAGAGAAUGGUUAGCAAUAUGGCUGCGCUUGGACCGUGAAUCAACACCUCAGCUCCGAGAUGCCUUUUGCCUAUGCAGUCACUUCUAUGAUCCUGAGUCAAGAAGUUUACGUCGUGCUCAGAUCACCUUCAAUGACUGUCGUCCCCUGAACAAUGUGACCAUUCAUCAACUUGCGGAUGUCGACUCAGCGGUUGGUGUUGCCCCGCGGGUCAUACCUUUGAUUCAAUCGCCAACAUUGAAAACUGUCAAGUACUACAUGAUGCGAAGCAUGUCACACACAUUAACUUCCGAUCUUCACAUUGGGACACUGGAUCUUCCGCUAGGCGGCGAUAUUACAAAGCCUAUGUACAUUCAUAAGGUACCCAACAUCCAAUUCUUAGAUCUAGGCAAUAAUGGAAUGUUCAGGAUCCAUUUCCCACUUUUGGGAACUACUGGGAUCGACAUGUACCUGAGCGACUCCCAAAUGGCUCAACUCUACGACUUAGUCUUCCAUCCAGCAGCUUUACAGACCCUUCCAGAGGAUCUAGUACGAGAAUGGCCCGGCAGCUAUGAGGAUGAGAGGUUCAGAAGUCAGAACCACAAAUCCAAACGCAAGGAGUACCAAAGCCAGGGGGGUGGGGCUCAAGACAUGCGUGGUGGCACAACACAACAAACUGGUCGAGAUGUCCAUGUUGAAUACCUGCAAGGAUGGUUGGACCGUGCAAGGGAGAUCAUUCACGGGGCUGAGGAGCUGCGCUGGGCUAGGUACUUUUUUCUGUUGUACGAGCUCAGGGGAGUGAAGAACCGGGAAGGCAGUGUACAUCCACCUCCAGAAAUUCCUCCGGUGAAUAUUCCUGAUAAUUUUAUGGACGGAAAUGAAGAUGUUGAAGUAGAGGUCGACCCAGAGAGCCCCAGGGUGAAAGCUGUUGAAAGUGUUCUCAGCCACUUUGAUACCACGUUAUUUAUGCCUGGCAUGUGGUUCAUUGAUAUUGCCACCCGCGUCACUAUUUCGCCAAACCCUGACAAUCCAUCAGAGUGCACCUUUGCAGAUGCGGAUAUGCAUUCCCUCCUUUUCCAACACUACACAGGCUUACCAUUUGCAAGGUGUGAAGAACUUGUCAAUGGGCGAGGGAACCACUAUCAAAAGGACGAAGUUGCCCACUUGAACGUUCUUGCCGGCGGUCGCUUGACCAUUCCUGAUUGGCGGCGAAACGACUGUGGCAUAACGUAUGCGCAGAUAUACACCACUGACAAAAGCAACACAUACAACAUUGCACUUGCUCAGAAUGCACAACGAACCAGCGCUAUACGGAUGCUUGAGUCGUGGGACCAAGAGCUCACUAUGCAUAUCAAUGGAUUAAUGUCCACCUUUGAAAAUUCAGCUCACAACCACGGCGUAGCCUUGCGUAUUGAGACUCGUGUAGAACCGGGAUGUAUUCUGGACAUGGAAACGUUAUCGCCUUAUGUCAAUGAGAAGUGUCAUGUGCCAAUGGAUGGCUGCUCGAAGCACGUUUACUCUGAACCGACUCCAGAGGCUGGCACGCUACUCAUCAUCAUGGAAUACAUGAUGAAUGCACUUGUCAAUCGUCCGGCCUCUGGAGGUACCUGGGAUCAGGUUCACAAUGUAGCAUGCGUUCAUAAGAUGAAGGGCAGAAAACUUGUUCCAACACGAAAGCUAGGCGCACUGUUUCUUCCCACGAUUCGCUUCAAGAAAAACCAGCAACCACGUGUUAGUUGUAACCGAGUUCUCAACAAAGCAACCAUUCUUUACUUGCUGGGUGCUCGAGGCCAAUCAAUCACUGAUACCAUGGCUUUUGAUAAAAUCAUUGGAGCCAAUCUUCAAAAGCGACCACGCGAUGAAGAUCCUCGGCCCUGGGAAAAUGCGGGUGUCCAAAAUGCCAGCGCGGUUCCCAUAUCAAACAAGCAACGUUUGGUCACGAUUCGGAGUACACACGAUGUGGCAAACCCAAUACCUGGUCCCGACUAUGUGCAAGACCAAGAACAGUACUCGUCUGAAGAAGACGAUCCAGAAGAGCGAGAGAGUGCUGCACCUCUUAAGCAGCAGCUCUGGAACGUGAUCUGCAACUAUCCGAUCCAGAUAAUGAACAAGGCUCCUAACCGCUCUCAACCACGUGAAUCAUGGUGCCGGCUUGGCAAAGACGAACUUGUGGCGGUAACACAUGAUUUCUUCACCAGCAUGGAGAAUCUCACAAGGGCAUUCGAGUCAUACUAUCUUUUCCCUGCUGAUGCCAACAAGUGGAAUACCACCGUGGCUCACCUAUUUCCAUUGAUCGAGGGCAACGUUGCAAAUCUUGAAAAGCGACAAGGAGUUUCAAACUUGGGAGUGGUGGUGGAACUCUGUACAAUGCAGAUAGGGCUUUCUGAACCACAACGAGCUCAACUAGUUAAAGACGCUAGGCAAUAUGUCUCAGAAAAUUGGGCUUGGUUGCCUUUGGGAACAGGCAAGAAUCACUUGUGGUCGACUGGUGUCAGUAAUGUACCCAAAUCUGCACAACAAGUAGGGCCACUGAAGGGAGGGCCGUGGAUAAUUCGUAACCCUAGGUUGCUUCGCGCUGGUACUAAUUAA